AUGUCGACUAAUGAAGAAAAACACAAUUCCAGUGAAGCUAGUGGACAGUUGUGCAAUGUGACACUGUCGCAGAUAAAUCUAAGAGCGAGCAAUAUGGCUAGGGAAUGGAAGAUGUGGCAUACACAAUUUAAAAUAUUUCUGAGAGCUUCCAAUUUAGAAAGUGCUUCGGAUCAACGUAAGGUGGCUCUUUUACUCCAUCAUCUUGGUAGCGGUGCUUUGGACAUUUUUUAUUCAUUUAAUGAAGAUGUCGACACGGUCGGUUAUGAAAAUCUUGUGUCAAAAUUUGAAUUAUACUUCGUACCAAAAGUUAAUAUUGCCAUGGAAAGGCACAAAUUUUUUAUGUGUCAACAACAAGCUGACCAGUCAAUUGAUGAUUAUGUCACUCUUUUGAGAAACCUAAGUCUCAGUUGUGAAUUUGGUACCUUACGGGAAAGCCUGGUAAGAGAUGUAUUUACAUGUGGUCUCUCAUCAAGAAUGGGACAUGUACGAGAAAGGUUGCUGUCGGAAGGUGGAAUUAGCCUUGAGAAAGCUAUUGAUAUAGCCAAAAGCAUGGCAAUAGCCAAAGAAAACUCAAAAACCCUACAACAAAUGGAUGAUCCAGAGAUAUCUAUCAAUUAUUUGGGAAACAAACAAAAAAUGAAGCAGAUGAACAUGAAGAAACAAUCCAAUGUGAAUAAUUGUACAAGAUGUGGUCAGGUACAUAACAACAGGUGCCCAGCAUUAAGGGUUAAAUGUCAUAAUUGCGGUAAAAUGGGACAUUUUGAGAAGAUGUGUUUUUUAAAGAAAAAAUACGUAAAAUAUGUGUAUGCAGAUGAUGAGGUUGACAAGGAAGAAGAAGAAGAAGACUUGUUUGUAGGUGCGCUGUCUAGAAAAACAUCAAAAGUCGAGUGGAAUGUGGAGGUAAACAUAAACAACAACAAAAUUGUAUGUCAAGUUGAUACGGGGGCGCAGGCAAACAUUAUGUCUUUUGAGACCAUCAACAUAUUAAAUAUGAAACAUAUGAUUAAAAAUACGAAUGUUAAAAUAUUCACAUUUAGCGGUGAACUGUUAAAAGUGCUAGGUUUUGCUGAUUUGUCAGUGAUUUAUGAAGGUCAAAUAUUUAACAUAAAAUUUUACAUUGUUAAUAUUAUUUGUCGAAAUAUUAUCGGACUUGAGUCUGCCAUAAAGUUGAAUUUGAUUAGGAAUAUAAAUAUGAUUGAAUAUGGGAAUUUGAGAAUUAAUAAAUUGAUUGAAAAUUAUUCCGAUAUUUUUAAUGGUCUUGGCCUUUUGCAAAAUAAGUGUAAUUUAAAAAUACGUGAAAAUAUUUCGCCUAUUGUAGAUCCACCCCGCAAAAUUCCAUUUAAAUUACAUGACAAGCUUAAAAAUGAAUUAAAAAGAAUGACUGAAUUAAACGUUAUAGAACCGAUUAGUGAGCCAACAGAGUGGGUGAGUUCUAUUGUUAUUGUAUCGAAACCAAAUGGCAGUUUAAGGAUUUGCUUAGAUCCAAGAAACUUGAACAAAGCUAUAUUGCGUCCUCAUUUUCCUUUUCCGAAUAUUGAGGAUUGUAAGUCUCGAUUAGGAGGUUCAAAAUAUUUUUCGUCACUGGAUGCCAACAGUGGCUUCUGGAUGAUACCUUUAAAUGAGAAAUCGUCUAAAUUGUGUACUUUCAACACACCUUUUGGUCGAUAUCGGUUUUUAAGAUUACCUUUUGGUAUAAAUGCAGGACCGGAAAUUUUUCACGCAGAGAUGGUGAGAUUGUUUGGUGAUAUUCCAGGCCUAGUCAUCUAUAUUGAUGAUUUUUUGGUUCACUCCUCUACAAAAGAGGAACAUUUGGACAUUUUGAAGAAAGUUUUUGAUAGGGCCAGGAAGGUCGGGUUAAGAUUUAAUAAAUCCAAAUGUAAAAUGCUAAAAUCCGAGAUAAAGUUCUUAGGACACAUUUUUGAUGAGAAGGGUGUUAGACCUGAUGAAGAAAAGAUUAAAUCUAUUAUUAAUAUGCCAAAACCAAAUAAUGUAAAGGAGUUACAGCGUUUUUUGGGUAUGGUAACAUAUCUGGGCUCAUUUAUAGAUAACUUGUCUGCGAAAAAUAAAAAUCUGAGAGAGCUGUUGAAGAAAGAAAUUCAAUGGCACUGGUCUUCCAAUCAUGAAAAAGAGUUUGAGAAUCUCAAACGUGAAAUUACAAAAUCUCCAGUUCUGACAUAUUUUGAUUCCAAAAAAGAAUUAACUUUGUCAGUUGAUGCCUCAAAAUUUGCUUUGGGUGCUACAAUAAUGCAUGAAAACCAUCCAAUUGCAUAUGCAUCAGUGUCGUUAACUGAUGCACAACAAAGAUAUGCACAAAUUGAAAAAGAACUUUUUGCCAUACUUUUUGGAUGUACGAGAUUCCAUCAAUUCAUUUAUGGCUCAAAAGUUUUGGUUGAAACAGACCACAAGCCCCUGGUUAAUUUGUUUGACAAACCUCUUUUUAAAAUACCAAACAGGCUACAACGGUUUAUGCUGCGUUUGCAAACUUAUGAUAUAUCAGUUGUCUACAAACCAGGAAAAUACUUGCAUAUCGCUGAUACCUUGUCAAGGGCUCCACUAACGGAAUCUAAUUUUACGGAAAUGGAUAAAGAAAUUUCACUUCACUGCAAUUUUAUAGCCUCACAUUUAGAGGUGCCAUUUUCAAAUAUUAAAGAUGUAAAAGAGCAUUCUAGAAAUGAUGUUACUUUUAUGAAAAUAGUUGAAUUUGUUAAAAACGGUUGGCCAGAGAAUAAGAAAAAUGUUGAUCAGGAUGUAAUGCCAUACUACAAGGUCAAAGAUGAAAUUUCUAUUUUGGAUGAUAUUUUGCUAAAAAAUAAUCAAAUAUUGAUUCCGAAAUGUUUACGUAAAUCAAUUCUUAACAAAAUUCAUGAGGGCCAUUUGGGGAUUCAACGAUGCAAGAAUUUGGCAAGGCAGUCAGUUUAUUGGCCAGGCAUAUAUAAUGACAUUGAAAACAUUGUCACCAAUUGUGAAAGUUGCAUGCGAUACCAGAAUUCUAAUCCAAAAUCUGAAAUGACACCUCAUGAAAUUGUUGAUAUACCAUGGUUUAAGCUGGGUUGUGAUCUAUUCGAAUUUAGAAAGAAAAUGUAUAUACUCAUUGUUGACUAUUAUUCGAAAUAUAUUGAAAUCGAAUCAUUGAAUUCGGGAUAUAAUAGUUCACAGGUUAUUUCGAAAUUGAAAUCAAUUUUCUCGCGACAUGGCAUUCCACAUAUUUUGGUGACAGAUAAUGGUCCUCCAUAUAAUUCCAAUAAUUUUAAAGCAUUUUGUGAUGGUUGGGGAAUUGACCAUAAAACGUCGAGCCCAUAUUUACCCAGAUCUAACGGUUUGGCUGAACGUUCAAUCCAAACAAUUAAAAAAUUAAUGUUGAAAUCUUACGAAAGUAAAUCAGAUCCGUAUGUAGCAUUGCUGCAUUAUAGAACAACACCUAAGGGCAAUUUGCCCAGCCCUGCAGAAUUGCUUAUGUCAAGGUCUCUCCGAACAAAAAUACCAUCUGUCACGGAAAAUUUCCAACCAAAACUGGUAAAUCAAAUGGAAUAUAAGAAAAAUUUAAAUGCAAAUAUUAAAAAAUCUUCCGAAUAUUAUAAUAGGGGAGCGAAAAAAAUUGAACCUGUUAAGAAAGGAGACAAUGUCAUGUUUAAGAAAACACCUACAGGCUGUUGGUUUCCUGGUCAGGUAAUUGAGAAUUGCAAAGAGCCAAAAUCAUUUUUAAUAAAGGAUACUAAGGAUGUUAUAUACCGAAGAAAUCAACAACAUAUAAAGACUUCUGGAAAUAUAUUAGUAGAAAAUCAAGAAAAUAAGGAUUCGGAAUUAACCGAUACAGUAGGAGUUGAAUUAAAUAAUGAUGAUGGUAUUGAGGGUAAUAUUAAUGAAGAAAAUCAAAGUAAAAAAUGCUUAGUGAAUCCUGAAGUAACUAAUGAAAAUAAGUAUAUUACAAAAAGUGGCAGAAUUGUAAAACAGCCAGAAAAAUUAAAUUUGUAA